AUGGAGUCCUCGGGGAAAUGGUUAGAGAAGGCACUGCUUGAAUUAUGCAAGAAGGUGGAAACGGGCCUAGAAUUGGAUGGGGAAAUCAUAUCGGGCCUUGUUUCUUAUUGCGAAAUGGCCUCGCCUCUUGAUGCCAAAGAAUACCUUGAUAAUAUUAUUGGCCAAGAAGCUGGUGAAAGUGUAAUUGAGGAGUACCUAAAGCGGAGAGGCCAUGUGACUAUUGGCAACAGCAGUCGAGCUACUCCUACUUCCAAUUUACAUGCAUAUGUUAAACCACGUACAGAUGAAGGCCCUGUCAUAGCAGCUAAGAAAUCACAGAGAGCGCCAAAAGAGACUAUGCCAUCCACAGGACAGGAAAAUUCGAUAAAAAAUGUGACAUCAGAAACACAAAAAAUACCGAAAGGAAAUCAAGUUAGUUCCAGAAAGAAAAAGGCUGGAAAAGUUGUUUCUCUCGCAGAUGCUGCAAAAGGUUCAAUUGUAUUUCAGCAGGGGAAGCCUUGUUCAUGCCAAGCCCGUCGGCACCAGUUGGUAAGUAACUGUUUAUCUUGUGGGAAGAUAGUUUGUGAGCAAGAAGGUGAGGGACCUUGUAAUUUUUGUGGUGCUCUUGUGCUGAGGGAAGGAAGCACAUAUGGUGGUCUGGAUGAAGGUGCUGUGCCUGCAUCAGAUUCUGAUGCAGCUGCUGAAGCUUAUGCGAAGAGGCUUGUUGACUAUGAUCGUAACUCUGCAGCUCGUACAACAGUUAUAGACGACCAAAGUGACUACUACGCUAUUGAGGGAAAUAGUUGGCUUUCGGCCGAGGAGAAAGAACUUCUGCUGAAGAAAAGGGAGGAGCUAGAAGAGGCUGAAAGGGCCAAAAGAAGUAAAGUAGUUAUGACAUUUGAUCUGCUCGGCCGCAAGGUGCUUUUGAAUGAAGAUGAAGCUUCUGAAGAAAUGCAGAACAGUAUUUUACUCCGGCCACCAGAGGAAAGAGAAGCGAUUCGCAUAAAACCAAACCCAAAUCUCAGAAUUCAACCAAUUUUUAUAGACCCAAGUCCUAGGAAUACUUCUAAGGAGAAGAAUUUAAACAUAGGCCUGGGCAGUGGUCUGUGCUUGGAGAUUAGUGGGAGAGUACAACACAUUACCAAUGAAUUAGAAAUUUUGUGA